CUGUUAAGAAAACUUACAAGCGAAAACAUAUUAUCUACUGGUCUUGUUUUGUUUAUACCAUAUGAGCAUGGCAUCCUCAGGUGUUGAAGGAGCAGACAAGUACCGUUCUUAUUUGAGUGGAGAAGGAGAAAAGAACACCAAGUGGAAGUUUGGUGCCCCUCCUAGCUAUGAUAUUGUGAAUAAGCUCUUCGAAGAAGGCAGAACCAAGAUAUGGCCACCUGGGUCACUAGAACAUGAGGUACAGAACCUUGUGAAGACAUGGGAGAUGGAGCUUUUCCAUAAGGCCAACCUUGAUGAUUUCAAGACACUUGAUCCCAAUAAGUACACUUUCAGUCUAAAUGGAAGGAAAGGCAUAACCCUGGAAGAAAUAGGCAAACUUGGAGGGGGCUACAACCCUUUGCUUCAGACCUCACUGCCUGAGAAUCUGAGAGGAUAUAAUCCUGAUAAGGAAACAGCAGAGUCAUCCCAUAAGGCUUUCACAACAACAUUCCCUCGUGGGUUUGCCUUGGAGGUCCUUCAAGUCUAUUCUGGGCCACCAGAGAUUGUGUACAAAUUCAGGCACUGGGGUUACAUGGAGGGGCCUUUCCAGGGCCAUGCCCCAACUGGAGAAUUGGUUGAAGUCUAUGGAAUGUCCAUUUUUACGGUGGAUGAGCACAACAAAAUUGUGAAGGUGGAGUUCUUUUACGACCCUGGACAACUGCUUGGAGGUCUUUUGAAGGGUGAAAAAUUGGGUACUUCUUCCCAGGAGACAGCCUCAAGCUGCCCUGUCCUUAGGAGUACAGGGUAGUUCAUAAAACUGCUUCCUAAAACUUAAUUGUAGGCUUCUUAUAUACACAGGCAUAUACGUUUAGCCGAUCAAAUUCCCGUAGAUCGGCUCUUUGUUAUAUGUUUAUGUGUGCUAUUCAACAUAUAUGAACUGAAUAAUGUUAUCAAUUGCGAUAUAUAAAUCUCUCGAAUAAUUAAUAGCACUCAAAAA